AUGGCUCCUAUCGCCCUCACGUCGUCCCUGACCUCUCCUCCGGGUCUGCCAGUGAAGAAAUCACCUGUAGCUGCAGCUACCAAGAACCAAGGUAUCUCCUUGGAGGGGGAUAGCACGCCCUAUUCUGCAACGUCCACAGCAGUCUCGGAAGAUGGGGACGACAAGCAUGUCAAAGUUGCCCCGCCGUCACCAGGGUCAUCACCUAGAGAGACGAUCGAUGAGUCUUUACCUCGGAUAGAACCUGGUCAGCCGGAUUACUAUACCCGUCUCUUGGCUUCUUCUGCGCCUGUCCCAUCGACCAAAGCAGGCACCGUAGUCUACGGAUCAGCCAUACAAGUGCUCGAAGCGCUCGCUGCGAAACAUAGCGAUAGUGUUUGGGUCUACGACGACGCUGCUCAAGUUGGAUUUGGCUUGACAUUGUCAUCCUGGAACCUUGCCUCUGUGCAUUCCGUUCAGACCCGUCAAGGAGCAGGACUCGAGCUCGCAGGAUAUGCUCGAAAGUCAAAGUCAGACGCUCGACUCAGUGUCUUUGCAACGACCGCCACGCUGUCUUAUCUCUUGCCGAAUCUGUCUUUAAUCCAGGGGAAUGUUGUCGUCCAUCUCGCCACUACAGAAGCAAAGGAAGAUUUGACACUUGGCGAUUCCCUUUCUGGUGAAAUCGUCAAAGCUUUAUCGGGUUUACCAGAGGAAUGGGACACAGUCUUUUCAUCUUUCGACACUGUGGAAGUCGCUGGCAAGAUCUACGGUCGUGAAGGCAAGAUCAUCCACGUUGUCGAAUCUGCGCACUCUGCCCGGGAGAUUGCCUCGUACACUUUUCCCGCCCCUUCCACUGGCACUAUCGGAGACUUUACGCUCUCCAACCCGUCAGCUUCGGAAAUUACACUCGCGCUCAACGGUAGCCUCGCUGCAACUAUCUCAUCCGGUCAAGCAUCAUUGAUUCUCAACACCUUGUCCCCCUCUCCCGAUGCUCUUGCUGCGGCGAUCUCAGGCAAGACUGUGACAUUGCUUGGGACCUCCACAUCAGAAACCAACACUGUGCGCACUGCACUACUCUCAGCUCUCUACGCCGCCUCUGGCUCCUCCAAAUCCCAAUGGCCCACCCUGAAGGCUAUCGUCGCCCCAGCACGCUCACCCGAUCCUGAGGUUGCGGCCAAGAUCGUCUCGUUCUACACCGCACCACUUGCACCCCUUCCUCAGCUUCUCACCCAACUCUUCCUCUCCUCUCCAUCACUGCAUACCCGACUGGCUCAGUUUGGCUCGGCAUCGGCUCGAGGUCUGAAAUCUGUCCUCAGUCUCUCGCCAUCGACAUCCUCCCCGCAUCCAGUCUCGUCCAACCCCUCAGCCUUUGUCACUUGGGUAUCGGAUGCCAACGUGCUCAAGUCUACUGACGUCCUUUCAAGCGCUGCUCAAGGAGGUAUCCUCGUCCUUGAGCUGCCAUGGACAGAAGAAGAAGUCCCUUUGAAGCUGAGUCGAGGAGAAAUCGAAACGAUCAAGUCGAAACAGCUCCGAGUUUUCUUGCUCGACCUGGACCCCAGCGCAUCCACCCUGCCAACCAAGGAGACUGUGGCGUUCUUGCUCUUGUAUACUGGUUCUCAGAGACUGCCUAACGGUAUCCGAAAAGUCCUUGACGCUUUCCACUCUGGGCAUUUAGGCCGAGAAGACGUUGAGGAUGCUCAAGCUGGUCUAUCAGAGCUUGACGUCAGUGCGUGGGAGGUUCCAGAACUGGAGGAAGGCAAAACGGAGAAGGUGAAAUCAGCCUGGGAAUGGGACGCCCUGCCAGGUCAAGCCGGAGUUGUUUCCCUUGACCAAGAUGCGAAGCCUGUCCAAGGUCCAGCCGAUCUCGCCGCUCGACAUUUGCUCUUCAGGGAGGCAUUUGCCUUUGACGACGAGUCUCCCUCAACUCUAGACCCAUUGGCCGGACCCGCUAUCAACGCUUUGCGGCCUAGUGAAUCGGAGAGCACAUACCUCGCUACUGUAUCUGAGAAUCGACGACUUACGCCCCUCACGUACGAUCGAAAUGUCUUCCACUUGGAGCUCGACACCACGGGUACUGGUCUCAAGUACGAGAUUGGAGAAGCGCUAGGUAUCCACGGAUGGAACGACGCAGCAGAAGUAAUGGAGUUCUGCUCCUGGUACGGUCUUGAUCCAGAUUCGCUGGUCUCGUUCCCAAGCCCCAUACGAGCCGGGGCGAUGGAGACGCGAACAGUCUUCCAGUUGCUACAGCAGAAUCUCGACCUCUUUGGUCGACCAGGAAAAGCUUUCUACGCAUCUUUGGCCAAACUGGCAACAUCCAAAGCCGAUGCGAUGACUUUGAAAUUCAUCUCUGCACCAGAAGGAGCGGACCUUUUCAAGAGAAUGGCGGACAAGGAGACUGUGACCUUUGCGGACGUUUUGUUCAAGUUCCGAACGGCUCGUCCUUCGAUCGAAGAGCUGGUGGGGUUGAUUCCAGAAAUCAAGCCCCGACACUACUCCAUUGCCAGCAGUCAAAAGGCUGUUGGGGAUAAGGUCGAGCUUCUGAUCGUCACGGUUGAUUGGAUCAACUCUAAGGGAUCCCCUCGAUUCGGACAGUGCACGCGAUAUCUCGCCGCACUCAAGCCCGGAGACAAGGUUACCGUAUCGAUAAAGCCCUCUGUUAUGAAGUUGCCACCUCUUGACAAGCAACCCGUCAUCAUGUCUGGUCUGGGUACAGGUGCCGCUCCAUUCCGCGCUUUCAUGCAGCAUCGAGCAUGGCAGCGAUCUCAAGGUAUCGACGUCGGACCACUUUUGUACUACUUCGGAUCCCGACACCGAUCUCAGGAAUACCUCUACGGAGAAGAGAUCGAAGCGUACAUCUCCAGUGGGAUCAUCUCACACGCUGGACUGGCAUUCUCGCGAGACGGCCCCAAGAAAGUGUACAUUCAACACAAGAUCAAGGAGGACGCGGCAUUGCUGGCAGAUAUGUUGACUGCAAAGGGCGAAAACGCAGCUUACUUUUACCUUUGUGGACCUACUUGGCCUGUACCCGAUGUCUUUGAAGCGCUGGUAGGAAGUCUGCAAGAGACAAAAGGUAUGAAGAGGGAUGAAGCAGAGUCAUUCGUCGAUGCUCUGAAAGAAGAGGAGAGGUAUGUCUUAGAGGUUUAUUAG